ACGGGGUCUGUGUGCAGAGCACCCCCAUGAACAGUGCACACAGACCUCUGCUUGGGGCCCAGGCCCAGAGAAAAGGAAGGGGUGAAGGGCAGGUUUGCAACCUGACCCUGCAAAGUCCCCUACCGACAGUGCAGGAGCGGGGCCGUAAAGCACACCCAGGAACAAGGGCCUGCCCCUCCUCCCGUGGGGUGUGUGGUGGUGGGAGUGGCCAUGGUGCUCAGGGGCCCACAAGGGCAGGUGCAGGGUAUAAUGGCUCCAUUUCUGUGCCAGUCACAUGGGGCAGAGUGCUUGGCUAUGGAAAAUUCCCAGCAGCCUAGACCUCUCCAUGAGAACCCCCACCCUCCCCCCGCAGCUGGGCCGUGGGGCAAUACAGCGGCAGGCCAGCAGUGGGUUAGGCUACAAGAGCCAUGCGCUCAUCUCACCUGAACUCCAGUGUGGCCCGGUCAAUGCACUUGGUCUGGUUACUCCUGCAUGAGCCCCAUCCUCUGCUGCCGGGCGGGCAGAGUGCUGACACCUCCAGGGCUCCAGUAACAGCUGUGCAUGGCGCUCACCCACCCCAGGACCGGAGCCGCUCGUUCCCUGCAUGAGGAGCAGGGGCCGAGCAGGAGAAUGGGGCAAGCUCUCUGCUAGCCACAGCUGGGGUGGAAAGAGGCAGGAUCCUCAAGGCAGCUAGCCAGGGCCCUGGGGAGAGCGCCUGGCAGGGGAAGGGUUAACGCUUGCACAACCCCCAUCCAAUCAGCACACUCGCCCUCAAACAAAUCCAUUAUUUGCUAAGUAACGAGGGGGGCUGAUGCAGAGCCCACGCAGGGGGGCUCCGGGAGACACUUCUUCCCCAGCCGGGAGAGGCACCUGAUGCUGGCACUAGGGAGCCUUGUGGCCGGGGCCUUGGCUUUAGCCCUUCUCUGCCUCCUAGCCAGGGAGCUCUGGGGGCCAGGCCGGGAGCCGGCGGGUGCAGGCGAGGAAGAAGAUGGGGACGAUGUCAUUAGGGAGGAGGGGCCCGGGGCAGGGCACUGCAGGCUCAUCUGCAAACCCUCGGCCCUGGCCCAGAGCCUGCUGAGGAGCCUACAGCGGGGCGCUGCCCUGCAGAGCGGGCGCUGGCUGUGGAGGACUUGGCCUCAGCUCCAGACCAUGUUCCAGCUCCUCUUCCCCGCUGCCCACCAGCCGGAGCUGGCCCGGGAGCUCCUGCAGCUGGCCGAUGGGGGCCUGGUAGCCCUGGACUGGGUCCUGGGGCCCCGUGGUGCCGGCAAGCGGAGUAGAGCGACCACUGCCUUUGGCAUCGCCCCGGUGCUGCUUGUCCUCCCCAAUGCCUCUGGCAAGGUCACCAGGGGCAUCCUGCACCUCUGCCUGCUGGCCCUGGAGCAGGGCUACAAGCCCGUCAUCUUCAACCGUAGGGGGCACAACGGCAGCCCGCUUGCCAGCCUGAAGCUGCAGGCCUUCGGGGACCCAGGCGACCUCAAGGAGGCGGUGACAUACAUCCGUGUGCGGCAGCCGGGUUCCUCGCUCUGUGCCGUGAGUGAGGGCUCGGGCUCCGGCCUGCUCCUCUCCUACCUGGGGGAGUGCGGCUCCUCCAGCUACCUGGCUGCAGCAGCUUGCAUCUCGCCUGUGUUCAGGUGCCAGGAGUGGUUGGAGACCGGGUGCCCCUGGCUGUAUGAGUGGAGUCUGCUGCUGCACCAGAAACGAGGCCUCAGCAGGUAUGCCACCGCGCUGGCAGAGGCGGUGGAGAUGGGCAGGCUGUUCAGGAGCCGCUCACUCCGGGAAUUCGAGGAAACCCUCUUCUGCCAGACCAAGAAGCACCCCGUCACCUGGGAUGCUUACUGGGAUCGCAACGAGCCCCUCCGGGAUGCGGAUGAGGCAGCCGUCCCAGUGCUGUGCAUCUGCAGCGCCGACGACCCCGUCCGGGGACCCCCGGCCAGCACUCUCCCCAUGGAGCUCUUCCACAGCAGCCCCUAUUUCUUCCUGCUGCUGACGCCGCACGGCGGGCACUGCGGCUUCCUGAGGGAGGGACCCUGCUCCUGGAGCCACGGGAUGACGCUGGAGUACUUCAUGGCCGUCGCGGAGUUCUUCCGGGCGGAGGAGAGGCUGAAGGGGCUGCACCGGUGCAGGAGGAGUGUCCUGCAGAAGAGAGAGGCAUCCUCCGCUGCCUGCCACCUCCAGGAGAUCUUCAGCUGGCAGAGGUCCUACACCAGGUAGCGCCGGACAGGUGCUGCGACUAGCACCUCUGCAUAGCGUCCCUAGGAGAGGCUGUCCAAGGGCCAUGCAGCGCUGUACAGUCACCCCCCCGUUGCACAGCCUUCCCCAGCCCUCUUGCGCGCUCACACCAGGAUGGCAGGCGCUGCACACAAAGGCCCUACCGUCCCCUCCCCACAGGAGCAGACCGUCGAAAGCCCAUGGGGCUGACAUGACUGGUGUGUUCCCACCACACUGGAAAUGGCCCAGGCUGCGUACUCUCAGGGCUGGGCAUGGCUAACUGAUCCUCCCCUUCUGCCUAUGAAACUCCACGAGCACACACUUCCCAGCGACCAGCCUGAGUGUGCUGGGAUGGGAAAGUGCCCCCGGGUCAAAGCAAUCUCAUUGGGCCCCUACCAUGGGAGGGCGCCGUGCUGCUGAAGGAACAGCGUUCAUGGGAGAUGCGAAGCCCACACCCUGAUCCUCAGGCGCUCUCCUCCUCUCCUCACCUUUCAAAACCUGCAGCAGACGCUCCAUGUACUAAAAUUACUUUAUUACAGUUGAUUUUUUAACAUUUCCUUUGCUCUGUUACAAAGGAUACUUACAAACAAAAUAUUACAUACGACCUUAUUUUCUCUUCUCUUAUUUUCUGACAACUCGGUAACAGCUUUAAAUGCACAAUCUAUACAAUUAAUACAGGUUAUAUAUGAGCGCUAAUGUAUGGUGAACCGGAAGGAUACCGGAAUACUGACAAUAUACUGUACAAGAAGCCUUAUCAGUUAGUGCUUGUGGCCUUUUCUACCAAAAGGAAAAUGCACACCUUUAGACUCACCCAUCCCAGCUGGUGCAAACAGCUGUUUUAACCCUUGGUGAUCCAUCCCUGUAGGAAUUGGGCCUGGAAGUCUCAGGCCUCUAUUCAGUAUAACGGCGUGCGCAGCACCACCCAUGAUAAAGUGAUGCCCGGCUCCUGGCCUUGCUUUGUUAAAGCCGUGUUUACACCUCCACUCCCGA